GGGUCCGGGUCUGGGUCCGGGUCCGGGUCCGUGCGCGACCACUCGACAUUUCAAACUUGACUUCGGCGUGCUGCAGUUCGCGUUUCAAGUAUUCUGAUCGAAUUAUCAACGUAGCAGCUGUGGCGGCCUCUCCCGAGUGCGGGUUCAAUUCGAACGGCCCUCAGCUGUUUCAGAUGUGUUUCAGAAAAUCUGUUUCUUAUCGUCGAUUUCGGUGCGAGAAGCAAAAUACGAUCUACGUAACCAUUUCUUAUUCAUGUGGCGAUUCGAUAAGUCGGCCCAGUCAUACAAAGUUCCAUACGUAACAAAGUUUGAGUAUUACCGAGCAGAUAAACUUGAUUUAACAAGUGUUAUUACAGUCAGUUCCAAUCGGAUAUGUGGCAGAGGAGUUCAUAGCUUAAACAAAUGAUGAAUAUUUUGACUAGAUGAUGGAGUGUCAUAAACAAUGAUAUUAAUCUUGGGAUUCUGUCUCUAAGUCAAUUCAAAUGCUUAUCAAUCCAAGUACAAAGCACAGAGUUCCGACUGCAACAAUAUCGUAGGUCACAACCUUUCGAGCAGUUGGUAUAUAUAAAGCGGAUAUUUGUAGCUAAUCCAGUGGAAGGGUUGCCAGUAAUCAAGAAAGAGCUUCGAAUAUGUGCAAAAUUUGUAUAAUUAAUAAUUGAAGGCAAAGCAAAUCCUCUGUGCCACACAGCUUAGUAAAAUCAAUCAGUAAAAUUCAACUUAAAUUAUGGACUUUUUUUUAUUUUUUCUUUAUUUGCAAAGAUAAGUCAUGACGUGACAAAGAGAAAGAUAAUUGAAUGCACUAAUUAAGAAACCUUGAGGCAAAUUAAAUUGAGUAAGAUAGUGCAGACAGAGGUACUUGAGGCAAUAAGUGAGAGCGUGAAUAGAUUGCAGUGCACAGAAGCGAUAGCACAAUGCUCGAGGUGGACAAAAUUCUGGAGAAGUGCGGCGACUUUGGGCGACUGCAGUGGCUGAUGCUGCUGCUAUUCUCGCUGAUCAACUUGCUCUCGGCCAUGCACUACUACUCCCAGACGAUCAUCAGCAUCGUGCCCAAGUAUUGGUGUGCGGAUGACCCGACAGCACCGACACCAAGCGAGUCCAGCUGCCAACCGCUGAGCACCAAUGCGAGCCACCCUGCGACGUGCCACAGCUACCGCUAUGAGCCGUACAUGGGCUACCAGAGCUUCAGCAACGAAAUGCACUGGAUUUGCCAAGAUGCAUGGAAGCUGAGCCUGGGCCAGUCCAUGUUUUUCGUGGGCUCCGUGGUGGGCACCCUGGGUCUGGGCUACCUCGCUGACAAAGUCGGUCGCUUGCCCAUCCUGAUCCUGGCCAACAUCAUCGGCAUGCUCGGCAACCUGCUGACAAUCUUCAGCAAGAACCUGGCGCUCUUCUGCGUCUUCCGAUUCAUCGCUGGACUCGCCACCGACGCCAACUUUCUGAUGAUGUACAUUCUAGUCAUGGAGUACAUGCGUCCAUCCAUGCGCACUCUGGGCCUGAGCAUCUGCAUCGGCAUCUUCUACUGCCUGGGCUCCAUGGGCGUGCCCUGGAUAGCCGUGCUCGUGGGCAACUGGCGCACCUUUCUACUUGUCACCGCGCUGCCGUUGGGCCUGGUGCCGCUCUUCUAUUUCGUUGUGCCGGAGAGCGCCCAGUGGCUGAUCUCGAAGCAGAAGUACGACAAGGCUGUGGCCUGUCUGAAGCGAGUGGCCAAGAUCAAUGGCCGUCAGAUCGAUGACAGCGUCUAUGAGCAGUUCAUCGAGGACUGCAAAAUCAGCCAGAAAAACUUGCAAACGAGCAAGCAGAACAUGCUGGGACUCUUCAAGACGCCCCGACUGCGCCGCAACACCUUCAUACUGUUCUUUAAAUCCAUGGUCAUCACCCUGUGCUACGAUGCCGUCUCUCGCAACGUCCAAGGCCUUGGCAUUUCGCCAUUUCUGAUGUUCACACUGAGCGCCACCACAAUUCUGCCCGCCUGCCUGCUGAUCAUUGCUCUGCAAGAUCGCAUCGGACGCAAGGCAAUGACUUCCAUCACACUGCUCCUCAGUGGCAUUUUCAUCUCGGUAACGGGCAUUGUUCUCUUCGCCGCAGGCACUGCCAGCAAUCAGACAACCACUGUGCUGGUGACGCUCUCGGUGAUUGGACGCUUUGGAGUCACGGUGGCCUACAAUUCGGGCGCCCAGUACGCCACGGAGCUGAUUCCUACGUGUGUGCGGGGCCAGGGCGUGGGCGCGGUGCAUGUCAUGGGCUAUGCCUUCACAUUCCUCAGUGUGUACAUAUUGGAUACGCGUUCGGUGUUCUCGCCGCUGCCGGAAAUCAUCCUCGGCGUGAUCUCGUUCCUGGGCGCUUGCCUGACGCUGCUGCUGCCGGAGACACUGAAUCGCACGCUGCCGGCCAGCCUGGAGGACGCCGAGCAGUUUGGCAUGAACGAUCACUGGUACACGUUCAGCUGCUUCGAGAAGCGCUCGCAGUCGGUGGCCAAGCUGGCGGCGCCGCGUGGCACGUCGCUGUCCGUUUCCACCGAUUCGUCGGUAUAUUUCUAGGGCAGAGCGUGAUGAGUGUAUGAGCUAUUUAAGUAAGACUAUGUGAGGUAUGAGCAUACUUUUAGGCUUUAGCUUAUUGUGGUAAAUUUUGUAUUUUAAAUCGAAGCUCGGGUGCAGCAACAAUUCAAAGUCAACUUCAUUGCUUAAGCAUAAUGUUUUGUACAAAUACAUUUAGCUAUAAUAUCGAAAAUAGAUAUAGAUUAUAGAUUAUAUAGUAUGUUUUAUAUAAAGCCUCGCAAAUACUAUUUGGAAAUCAUCA